CUGUGGGCGAGGAAGAGGAGGCAGAAGGGUGCGCAUGUUGAAAAAAAAAAACGGACUGCGCACUUUCCUUGCUGGCUUUCACAUCGACGCAUCUGAAAACAUCCUGUUAGCGGAGCGAUGCUCGAUGCUGCAGCGAGGAGCGCUUUAUCCGGAGGACCGUGGCGGUGCCGUGCGUGGUGGUGGUUUUGCUUUUUUACGCAGCUCUCCAGCCUCCUCGUCCUCAUAUCAAACGGCGUCACAUGCAGUUUAGAGGCACUUUAACGCUUCACAUACGAUGUGUUUGGACCAGCAGCACCGGAGGCCAGCAUGCCCGGAUCAGAGGACGGUUUUAUAACGCCUGCGACUCUUAUUUAGCACAUUUUGGCACUUAACAUAGCCUACAUUUAAAGACUCCAGGCCAUGGCUGAUGAGGGCAGCCUGUCCCGGCAGGUCAGGAGUGUGGAGAGGAGCGUGGUGUUCCUCGGGCAGGAGCAUCUCACUUUACUCCACGGCCUCCACCUGGAGAUCCUCUCCCUGCAGAAACGAUGCUCAGAGUUGACAAGUGAUCUAAAGGUGAAGCCUCCAGGCAGGAGCCAGAUAGAGUUACAGGAGGAGGAGGAGCUGCUGGAGGCCAGCUGUUGGGACCUGGAGAGUCGUCUGACCGAGCAGGAGUGCACCUUAGGAGAGCUUCGUAAGGAGCUGACUCACAAAGGGGCCUUGGUGGGAGCCCUCAGAGCCAACCUCAAGGAGAAGGAGCGCCAUUUCCUGGAAGAGCUCAAACGCCGCAGCCACUGUUCCACCAUUCUCAACACGGAGCUGCAGAAACAAACGGAGGCAGCGGCGUACCUCUCCUUCCAGCUGCACGCUGCCAGGCAGAAACUGCACCACCAGCGGAUGCAGCAGAGGCAGGGACUCCUCGCCCGAGCCAACAGUCAGGGGGCCCAGUAUGGCGCCGAGCAGAACACCGUUUCUCCACUGAUGCCGUUAGGAGCCUCCCCUUCCUCUCCUGUUGUUAAACCCAAGCGUAAGAGUGCAAGGGCGGCUUCGAGAGUGGAGCGAGCCCGCGAGUGUGUGCCCAUAGAGAAGGUCACGGGCCCCGCGGAGCCCACGGCCAUGCCUGACCCCGCACUCUUCCUCCACCCUCGCAGGCACAGGGCUCGCUCCAGGCACGCUGCGGCACAAAGACAACCUCCGCUGGGGCUGGAGAAGGAGGAGGAGGAGGAAGGAGGUGGAGAGGGGCCAGUAGAGCUCCAGGGGGAAGCUGCCAGACUGGUGUCCUCAGCUGCGGCGCCCCCUGCUGCUGAGACCAAGGCAGAUUAGCUGUGACCUGCACUUUGAACUGCAGUUUGAUCACUGUAUAAUUAUCUUCUGUCUGACUGUUAAUGCUGUUAACUGUUGUUCUGCACCUUGACUGAAUUGAUACUGAGACUGAUUUUAGCUAUUGAAUUAUAUUACACUUAUCAUAGACACUUUUUUUAAUAUGGACUUUGAUAUAACCUUAAAUAAGUUUGCAAAGCAAAACUCAGUAAGUGUCACUUUGAGUCAGUCUUAAAUGAAGUUAGAUGAAUUAUCUGUUUACACUGGUGUCACAUAAUCAAUGUCCUGUGGGGCCUUAUUUCAAAGCAACCCCAUUUUUUUGAUCUAUAUUGGUGGUAGCAGCCGUUUUAGACGGACUACAAGCCCAACCAACUGUGAGCUUUCAAGGCCGACCAUAAAUCAACCCUGUGACCAAACGUUUGUGUGGCCCCUGACUAAGUUACAGCUGAAAAUAUCCGAAGCGGUCGUCUGUGUGAGUCCUCAGAGUGAAAGAAUGUUGACUGGAAGCAGUUUGUUCCCGUUACUUUCUGAAAAAAUACAAAAAAUAACCACCAAUGAGAACCAGUCAUUUCCAAUCAAACUGAAAAAUACUGUCGAUCACACCUAUUUAUACCUUAAACAAAACAAAUAUUCAUAGAGGGGAAGUCCCUCCUCUUCAGGUGUGACAGAUGGGAUUUCAUUGCAGAAAAACAUUUGCACACUAGUGAACGGAGAGAGACAAAUACGUUUUUGAUCCCACUUGAAUUGUGCCAGGAAUUAUUCAUUCAUUCAUUACACAAACUCAGUUCACUGGGGCUGGGACCAGCUGAAAUUGGGCGAGAGGUAGGCUACACCCUGGACAUGCUCUCAUUCACUCCUACGGACAAUUUAGAGUCACCAAUUAAACCUAAGCUGCUUGUCUUUGGUAUGUGGGAGGGACUUUGCAUCCAAUUUGUAAUUGGCCAGAAGUUGUAUGAAAAUAAUUAAUCAGGACACGUAUUUCCAGUGUUGUGUCGUUAUCCUCCAUCAAUUUGUUUCUCCAUCCUCACCUCCAAAUAGUUAUAGUUUUGUAUUUUUCAUUAGUUUCACUUAUUAUACCCUUUUAAUUUUUUAUUUUCAAUUCAGUUUAAUUUCAGAGUGGGUUUGCUCAUUACGGUUUCAUUUAUUUAGGUUAAAUAUUUAGUUUUAUUAGUUCCAGUAAUGGUUUUCUUUUAUAAUGAUGCUUUUUAAAAAAUAUUAUGAUGGGGUGUUUUUGUCAGGGGCAAGAUUUAAGAAGUUCAGAAUAGUUACUACAACCAUUUAUAUUAGAUUUUUAGUUUAGUUUUAUUUGACUAUAAUAACCUAGCUCUGCCUUCAGUUGAAACUGUUUAAAAUCCGUGUGAAAGAGAUCAACUGCAGGUAAAUGUAGCAACAAUAAUUGUGCUUAAAAAAAACAGGUAAAGAAACAGUCUUUUCUUACACUCUUUUACUGCUUUGUUCUGUAUUACACAUUAAUUAAUUAAUGCAUUCAUUUUUAUACCAUCAUACAGAGUAGUGAUGACACUAAUAUCCUGUUUAAGAUAAUAAAGAGACAUACACAAUUCGACAAACAGGGUUUCUUCCCCCUCAAAUCUAACAUUAGUUUUUUUCAUCAGUGUCCUAGGUGGAGGACACAUCAGUAUAUUGUAUAUAUAUUUUAAAGACACAAAUGGAGACACGUGUGUGCUUCAGUUUCUCAGUAGUGACUGCUUUGUAUAAACAGGUGAUGAGUUGUGACUCGUUGGAUCAUGUGUUUCACUGUGGUGUGUUUGUGUACCAAACACCUACAGGACUACUGCUUCAGCUGCUUGUGUUUGAGGUUGUUGGUGUUUGUUUUCACCUCAGGAAAAACAGACAAAUGGGAACCGGACUGGAAGUUUAACUGUGUUUUUUUCAACAGAAGUCUGAUUUAUUUGACCUGAUGUCAGAGUGUUUCUUUUCCGCUUUAAAACAAAUUCCCAAAGUAGCUGUGUCAACAUGCACACUGAGACAGUGACUGUGUACUGUAAAUGACAAGAGGGCAGGCUCAGCAGAAACCUGACUGUGUGUGUGUGUGUGUGUGUGUGUGUGUUCUGAGUGUGUGUGUGGGUGUUAUCUGCUGUUAUAAAAAAAACGUGCGCAUGGUGGCCCCUAGUGUAACAAUGAGAAAAUGGCAACUUGGGGGGAAAAGCAGUAUAAGAAAGAUUGAAUCAACACUUUAAUUGCUUGAGUGUUGUCCAUUCAGUCCCCUCCUGUAGUUGCUGCCUUAUAAUCGAGGAGCUGUAGAUAGAAGACAUGCAGUGUGUAUACAAAGAAGCAGGAUGUAGAACAAAGUGUGGAAACUUAAAGGAACAGUUCACCCAGAAAAACACAUUUUUUCUUUUAACUGUAGAUCAAUUUGUAAAUCUGGAUCAUUUUCAGUGGUGGAAGAAUUCAGAUCCCUUACUGAAACAAAAGUACUAAUACAACACUGUGAAAUGACUCUACUACAAGUAAAAGUCCUGCAUUCAAAACUUAAGUAAAAGUAUCAGAAUCAAAAAAGUACUAUUAAAAGUAGAAGAACUCAUUGCAGAAUGGCCCACUCCGAUUGUUAUAUAAAUUCGAUAUUUGGAUUAUUAUUCUAGAUAUUGAUUAUUUUACUAUUGUCAAGGUUUUAUGAGGUUUAUUUAUGAACAUGCAUACACAUUUUAAAUUGAUAUUAUGUUAUUCAUGUUAAAUCUUGACCAAAAUGUAACUAAAGCUGUCAGCUAAAUGUAUCGGAGUAAAAAGUACAAUAUUUGCCUCUAAAAUGUAGUGGAGUAGAACUAUAAAGUGGCAUAUUGUCACCUUCCUAAAAUAAUGGCCUAUGAUAUUUUGUUCCUAAAUCAUCUCCUCAUGAUGCUGACCACCUCUGGUAAAAUCGCCGGAAAAACCUCAAAAAAUAACGUGGGUCAUUAUUAUAAGAGGGUGUCGAUAUGUAGAAAUACUCAAGUAAAGUAUUUGAGUAAAUGUACUAAGUUACAUUCCACCACUGAUAUUUUUGGUGUGUGUUGCUGACUGUUUGAGGUCUGCCUUCUCUGGAAUAAACUGUGUUAGGAUUUCUGGAAAAAGGCAUUUCUUGUCAAAUUUAUUCUAUUCUAUAGCCACAGAGAUCAAUUAUAUUACAGAGAAGGCAGCCACCUCACACAUAAUAAUAAUUAGAUUGGUAAAUGGCACUUCAGGUAAAUGGAAAAAUAUGUAUUUAAUUUUGGGGUGAACCAUCCUUUUGGAGACAUUUCUAUUUCAAGUAUUGUGUCUGUUAGUUUCAGAAACACUUUUAUAAGACUCUUUGGGGUUUACUGUGUGUAGUGUGACACCUCAGUUAUUUUUGAUUCAAUCUUGUGUUGAUUUAUACUUGAUGACUGAACUGAACUGAGCAUCUCUCUGAAAUGAGCCUUCUUGUAAGACUGAAUUUAAAUGUGAUUAGUUGCUGCGAGGCUUUUCUCGCCCUCUGCAGCUGGAGUUUAGCAUUAUGUUUUAGCAGUAUAUCCUCAAUAAAGCAAUAUAUCAAUAUAUUUAUAUAUCAUUAGAAGGUCACGUCAGUCGGUUUAAGGACACUUAAAAGGUGUUUAAAUAGAUUUUAUGAUUGUUUAACUUUGUAAUCGUUGAGCUCGGUAUGUUUAAUUAAUAUUUUUCUGAAUUGUUGUUUCUGUUGAUUGUCACUAACUCUUUACAUGAUUUAUUAUGUUGUUAUCUUUUAGGAGGCAUAUAAAGUGAGGAAUCGUUGCUGUGUGUGUAGCAGCAUUAAACAAACGGGCAUAUUAUUAUGCCAUACGAGACUGUCUGUCUGGAUGAAAUGAACUAAACUUGUCUUUUUUUUUUUUAAGCAAAAAAUGCAAAUGUGACAAGGGUUUUUCAUAUUCACUUCUCAGCUGGUAAGCCAUUAGCAUGACUCUGUGCACUAUUCUAACUCAAGUUUUACGAGACAGCAGGGGAUAAAACUACACGUCAGUUUUUUUUCUCCAACAGGAAUCCUGAAACUUUAGACUGUUAGACUUCAUGUCAUCCAAAUGAAGCGGCAGGUAGAUUAAACUCUCCAUCCACCUCUCAUAUUAAUAACUUAACAUCAUGCAUAUUCACCGUUUAGAUGAUCUUUACUUUGGUAUUAUGUCACAACUUGGAUAAGUCAUUUAAAUACAGGUUGCUGCUUGCUGCUGCAGAGACUGUUGACUUGUUUGUCUGCUUUGAGGGAAAAUGCUAAUGAGCCAAAGAGGCCGACCACUAAAAUUAACAUGAAGACGAACCUUGCCUUAAUCAAGAUGUCUUUUCAUGAAUAUUUAAGCUAAAGAGAGUAAAUCUUCACCGCCUGAUUUGCUUUUUCUACUUUUCACACAUCUCGCAGCAUAGCAUAAAUAACUUACCCACAGAGAAUGUCUUCCAUUUUUCUUUAUAAUAAUCCUCGUAGUAAUAAUGAUAACAAAUGUCAGCAGCUUCCUGUCUAGGCCUCGUCCUGGUUGAGGUCCAAUCAGUUUUAUUUUCCACCUUAGAUGAACCUUUAAGUGGACUGACUGUACGUGGCACCAUCUUGUUCGACAUGUUAUGUGGUCUCUAGCAAUAAUGCGGUGUGGUACCCAACAUGAUGCUCUGGGUUGUUGUGUGGUUUUGUCCUCGGGGUGAGCAGAAACUGUUGACUAAUUACCGCAUAUACUGUGUUAGCUUCCUUAUAGUGAUCUACUGUACACAUAAUUGGAAUAAAAUGAAGGAUUGUCUAGUC